AUGGUGUCUGUGUAGGAAAGUAAAAAAAGUAACUUUUAUAUUUUAGUCAUAUGUGAAGUAAACAACCAAAGCUGGGCAUCGUGGGGAGUUUGUGAAGUGAGUGGCAAUUGUGGCAAUUGUGGCAAUGGCUUCAGAACACGCCAGCAUCAAUGUCUUUGUAAUGGGGUUCCUUCAACCAGUUGUAACACAACAACUGCACCAAUACAUGUACAGAAUUGUUUUAUCUCCUGCAAUGAUACUUGUCCGGCUGAAAAAACGAAUGGACUUAGUUUGACAUAUUAUCAACUUAACGAAACAGACUAUGGGAAUGAAUCACACAUUGCUUACACGGGAUGUUUGCCAAAGCUGUCAUAUAUUUAUUUACUUAAAUACCAAUUGAGUGGAAAGCAUGGAAGCAGCAACAAUAUCCUAACUCAAUUUUUAAGAUUUGGAAGUUUACUGCAAGUUAAGAUGACCUGGCUAAUGGAUCCUAUUGAUUUUGUAUUGGCUCCACCCGUACUCUCACAGUGUGUCAUGGAUUCCUUUAACAAACUUAAUUUACCUGCAUAUAAAACAAUGUCUGUGCGAAUCAUGUACUGCACUGCACCUAUGUUUGGAGAAUGGAGUCAAUGGUCGUUAUGCAAUAGUGAGUGUAACAUGACUGGCACAGCCAAUCGAAGUAGAAACUGUGUUCGUGAGGGACAUAACGUGUCUGCAGAUUACUGCUACGGAAUGCAUCUAGAAUACAAUGUUUGUCUUGGACCAUGUUAUGAAUGGUCCGAAUGGAGUCCAAUCGGUCAUUGCAAUGGAGAAUGUGGAAAUGCAACUUUGCAGUAUAACCGCACAUGUUUACUUGAUAACUCCACUGUUGCAUUAAGUGAAUGUGUUGGGAAUCAUUCUAAAGUUGAACCUUGUUACACUGGCACGCCCUGUUACAACUUCGAUGAAUGGACGUCAUGGUCAACUCAUUAUUUUGGUUUGACAAGCUAUUCAAAUCGCAGCAGGGACUGUUUGGAAAACAAUGUGACUGUCACUGAUUCACACUUUUGUAAUGGAAGUAAUAAUGAGACUCUAGUACUGACAUGGAGUGAAUGGUCUCCCUGUGUCGGGCCAUGUGGUUUCAAAAAAAGUAACCGGACAAGAUCAUGCCUUUCAAAUGGUGAUGUCAUCUUCAAUGACACUAUUUGUGGUUUGUUAGAAGAAGUUAACUCAACUUGUGCCAUAGAGAUUUGUUAUGUCUUCAAUGUUACUUCUUGGAGCGAGUGGACUGAGUGUAACGUAUGCGGAUUUGGGAACAUAACCCGAAAUCGUACAUGUCUCAGAAAUGGAACAGAAUAUGAAUGGCAGGGGUGUGCCACUGACAAUCAAACUGAAACAAUAUCAUGUUUUUCUACAGUUGAAUGUGCAAAUAUUACUUUGUGGAGUGAAUGGAGUGACUGCGCAGGCGAAUGCGACUUUGGAACAAGAACUCGUUCGCGAGAAUGUAUGAAGAACAAUGCUACAAUUGAAUGGAUCGUGUGUAAUACAACGGAGCCGCAAACUGAAACAGAAAAUUGCACGAUGGACAUUUCAUGUCCCUAUAUACUAUCCCUUUGGAGUAAUUGGACAGAAUGCAAUGGAGUAUGCCCUGAUGUACUUGCAACUCGUACAAGACAAUGCUUGAAGAGUGACGUUGAAUUCGACUGGUCUAAUUGCAAUACUACAGAACUUCAAACUGAAGAAAAAUCUUGCUUUACUGAAUUUUGUUUAGAUGUAUCCGAAUGGAGUGAAUGGUCGGAAUGCAUAGCAGAUUGUGAGGCUGGUGUCAAAUCACGAAACAGAUCGUGCAUACAUAAUGAAACAGAAGUUGAGUGGGAUUUGUGCUCAACGUUCGGUAAUGACACUGAAACCGAAUCAUGUGAUACUGGUAUUGAAUGCUUGGGAUGGAGCGAAUGGACAUAUGGAAAGUGUAACGUAACAUGUGGUGGUGGUAAAAAAGGGGAUACAAGAAAAUGUUUACAAAAAAAUGGCAUCUGUAUAGGUCAAAGUGUUAAAAUAACAGAUUGCAAUGAACAACCCUGUCCAGUACAUGGCAACUGGUGUGAGUGGACAGCAUGGACAGUGUGUUCAGCUAGUUGUAAUGGAGGAGUGCAAGUCAGGGCUCGCACGUGCACAAACCCACCACCUGCAUUUGGUGGUGUAAACUGUAGCGGUAUAACACAAGAAAGUAGAUCUUGUCAUACUGGUAUCUCAUGUUCUGGGUUAUACUUAGCCGCAGCAGGCAAGGAUUGUAGCAGCCACUGCGAUUCCUUUGGCAAGGUAUGUUGGCCGCAUGUUAGGAAAUACAUUGGAGAAAAUGCAGCAACGGCUUUUGCAGCAGUUGGUGUCCCGUGCAGUAGCUCUGAAACCAGCGAAGUGAUAUGGUCAAAGCCUUAUCAUCCCAGUCUCAACACCGUUACAGGUGGUUGUGAAGGUGUUAGGAAUGUUAGCACAGAUAUCGUUUGUAACAACACGAACGUGCCACCAUCAGCCAGAAGGUUAUGUUAUUGCAAGUUACAAGAUGAUAUCAUGUACGACGAAUGGUCUCUUUGGAGUGAAUGUAGCACCACCAUGUGCGGUCAUGGUUUUAAAAAGAGACACCGAAGGUGUAUAGACACAAGGUUUUGUUCAUCAGAACAGAUUGAUAAAAAAGCAUGUAACGAAGUGCCCUGUCCAUUAGAUGGAGGAUGGUCAACAUGGAGUCCGUGGAAAGAGUGUAGCAAAGAAUGCGGGAACGGCGAAAGAAAAAAAGUACGUCAAUGUACCUCGCCUCGCCCGCUUUAUGAUGGAAGACUCUGUUAUGGAAUGUCAGAAUACACUGAAGGCUGCAAUUAUGGUCUGUGUCCAGUCCAUGGAGGCUGGGGUAACUGGUUGCCAUGGAAUUUUUGCGACAAACCAUGUGGAGGAGGCAACAGAACUCGCUACCGUGUGUGUGACAAUCCAACACCAAAGCUUGAUGGGAUAUAUUGUCAAGGAAGUGAGAAGGAACAUCAAAAGUGCAAUAAACGGCCAUGUAGAGAGUCAAAGAUAAAUAUUCGUUUGGCUUUCACCAAAGAGAAAUUUCAUCCAUUGAUGAGUAAAGAAAGUAUGCCCCACGAUUUGUUGAAGGAGAAGAUUCUUCACAAUAUUAAAAGCCUUUAUAAAGACAAAGGAUUAAGGGUAAAAAAGAUCAUCAUACAUAGUUUCAGUGACGGUGGGGAUUAUUCUGAUGACUAUUUACCGAAUGCUACGUAAUGAGACCAAUCAGAAAGAUGUGUGCCGAGAAGACGUAAUGUAUUGGUGUCUAGUAAUUAAGUGAUCGUUUUAUUUUUUAAAAAAACGAAUGGGAACAGGAAGAAAAGCUAUUUGGAAUAGUUUAUUUAAAAUCUUAACUUCUUCGACAAUGCCAAAAAAAUUGCAACUUAAUUGAAUAAAUUUUCGCGAGAAUUAAUUUGGGCGAAAUGAUUUUGUUGCCAAUGUCGCCAUUUGUAAAAACAUGUUCUUGCGAUUUUUUGUAAAAUUUAUUAUUUGCGAAAUUAAAUGCCCUGCGAAAUUCAUUGUUUCGAAAUCUUGUUUUUGUGUAGUCUGUGUAUUCCCGUAGAUGCACCAAUUUUGAACCGUACAUUGUUUAUUUAGUAGCAGAAAUAUUUUUUAUGAUUAGAACUUAUUAUCAGAAUGAGAAAGCAUUGGUACCAGUAAAAAGGAUAAAGAAAAGUCUUACGAAUAAAUAUUUUUACUGUAUUUGUUAGAAAACGGGUUGAACGGUUUCUGUUAGAACGUUAAUUGUUGAUCUUUCGUGGAUUACGCGGUUUCAGGUUUGAGAAUAUAUCGUUUUCUUUGAUCCGACGUCGGUUUCCAGACAUUUGCAGCAAAAAUAGCAAAAUUCUCGCAAAAAUUUAUUCUAUUAAAGCAAUUUGUUUAAGUUGUUGCAUGUUUACACACAAGCUACCUUUUGGUAAAAAAAGUCAGAAAAAAAAAUCAGCAAAAAAUUUAGUCACUUCAGCAUAAUUUAUUCACUUUUUUCCGACUAAAUUUUAGGCUGGCCAAAAAAGUUUGAAGUUUUUUUUCUUUUUCACCAAUAAGGCAUUUUACUCUGUAUUAUUUAUCAACAAAUUUUGCUUGAUAUUUUUUUGUUCAUAUAUUAGCAUGUAUAUGUGUGUGUACAUUUUGAAUGACGAAGGUUUGCUGACUUCAAGAUUUUUUAGCAAAAAGCCUGAGAUAUGUACAUUUUGUAAAUAUUUUAUUUGUUUUCAUAGGUUGUUCGUUUUGUUUAUUUUCAUUGUAAUAAACUAUUUACUUUCUAUAAUUAGUUAUGGCAUGAUUUGUAGAUAUAUAGCACAGCCGUAGCAUCCUAGGGAGUGAAGGUUAGGAGAAACCAUGGCCCUAAAAGUUUAUUUUAAUCAUGGAUAAUAUGGGUGUAGGAUGCGUUUUUUAUUGAUCAAGGGUGGUGCAAUCUCAAAACUUUUCCCUCAGGCUUCAACACAACCAUGCUGGGACCACAUACAACGGUAAAUUAAGAUCCCACCGUUCCCCCCCCCCCUCCCCCCCAAAAAUAAUGGUACGCCUGCUACGGCUCUGUAGUAUAUACCAAAAGGUAUAAUAUUUAUAAUAUUUUUUCGGAGGGAUGGAGAUGAAGCCGUUAUGGUGGAAUACCCACCUGUACUUAAGUAAUAUUUUAAAAGAUGUGUGCUUUUCGAUAAAAUAAAUUGUAUGCUUAAUAAUCCAAAUAAAUGAGUUUAAAUGAG